AUGCGUAAAGCAUUUGCAUUUUUAUCUUCUUUAUCAAGUAAAAAACAGUCUUCUUCGAAAAAAACAAAAGCUUCUACACAAGACACCUCUAUACCUUAUAAUAACGUAAACGUAACUUCUACAAAAAAUCAUAAUAAUGAUUUAGAUAAAAAAUUUAGAAAAAAUAACUCUAAUGAUUUAAAAAAAUCAGCACCAGAGUUAAAAAGGUUGGAUCCUAUCACUGAAUUAAAAAGACAACAUUUACAAAGAAAAACAUCAGAUAGAUCAACCAAUUCCGUUACCAUAUCUACUUUAUCAAAUCGCCGGAGAAAAUCGCUUGUAAUAUUAAAAGAUAGUGAUAUUGAUAAACAUUUUGAUGAAGUUCGAAUUAAAAAUACUUCAAGUAUGUUAUUGAACCAAAAUCGAUCGAUGACCCCGGAUUAUCCUCCUCGACGUUUACAAUAUUCUCCUCCUGCGGCAAAAACCCCGCCUUUAGUACAUACUCCACGUGAAUUUUUAAAAGAACCUAGACCUCGUUAUCUUGAAGAGCGAAGAUUCUCAUCCUCGGCUUCAUCGUCAUCAUCGGCGAGUGGAGAUAGUAGUGGCAGUAGAUAUCAUAGAGAUAAUAAUGUCUCGCAUUAUCUAAAUUCAAUUAAAUCAAAUCAUUCAAGAAGUUCCUCCAUAAAAAGUGAUUCUAAUAGGUUGGUUGCUGGUGCUAAUCCUCCUCCUUCUAAUAGAAAUCAAAAGGCUAUUAAAAGGAUGUCAAUGAAUGAAUAUCAUAAAUAUCAACGAGAGAUGGUUUCUGCUCAAUAUUUAAAACAUGGAAUUAAUCCUGUUAUUGAUGAAUAUAUUCCUGUUAAUUUGGAACCUAAUCCGUCUCGAAUGGGAUCUACUCAAAGAGAUUUCGUAAAUCCAACUUCAACUAGGCUUAAAAAACGUCUCAGUGUAAAUGAUAGAAAAUCUAAUAUACAACCACCAAUAAAUCCUAGAUUUUCUAAAUAUCAUCUUACUCCACUUCAUUUACAUCAUCAUUCUGUUAACUCACUUUCCUCUUCAAGUGGUAGUGGUGGACCACCUACCCCAUCUUCUCCUACAAGUAGAAGGUCUAGUGUGAUGUUUGGUUCUAACUUUGAUGGUAGUAGACCAAGUACUCCUUCUUCUGUUG